CUCGAUUUAAAAAGUGCCAGUGAUGGAGAAUCCACCACGACUCUGGGGGAGGGAGGCCAGGCCAGGGUGAUGGCUGAGCUGCAGCCAGGGAAAGUGAUGCGGACGGGGCAAGUCCUUGCCUUCCUCUUGAUCAGCCUGGCCUACCUCUGGCUGCCUGCAGGCUCCAAGCGAGCCCCCAAGCUGCCCCCGUGUCCCCAGAGCUGCUCCUGCACCAGGGACACUGCCUUCUGCAUCGACUCCAAAGCGGUCCCCAGGAACCUGCCCCCGGAGGUCAUUUCCCUGACCAUGGUGAAUGCAGCCUUUACUGAAAUCAAAGCAGCAGCCUUCGCUCACAUCCCCCUCCUGCAGUUCCUCUUACUGAACUCCAACAAGUUUACACUGAUCGGGGACGAUGCCUUCACCGGCCUCUCCCACCUGCAGUACCUGUUCAUUGAGAACAAUGACAUCCGCUCUCUGUCAAAAUUCACCUUCCGAGGACUGAAGUCCCUGACACACUUAUCCUUGGCCAACAACAACCUGCAGACACUGCCCAAAGAUAUCUUCAUACCCCUGGACAUCCUCAGUGACCUGGACCUCCGGGGCAACGCUUUCAUCUGCGACUGCAAAAUCAAGUGGCUGGUGGAAUGGAUGGAGAGGACCAAUGCCACAGUGCCUGCCAUCUUCUGCAGCAGCCCUGUCCGCUACCAGGGGCAGAAGAUCUGGGACCCGGCCCUGAAGGACUUCAGCUGCAUCACGACAGACUUUGUGGUGCACCAGGUCCUGCCAUUCCAGUCAGUGUCAGCUGAGCCCUUUGUCUACAGCAGCGACCUCUACGUAGCACUGGCACAGCCCAGUGCCAGCAUCUGCACCAUCCUCAAGUGGGACUAUGUGGAGCGCAAGCUACGGGACUUUGACCGCAUCCCUGCUCAUUCGGCCGUGUAUUGCAAGCCCAUCGUGGCCCAGUCGCAGCUCUACGUGGUGGUGGCACAGCUCUUCGGCGGCUCCUACAUCUACCGCUGGGACACCAACGUGGACAAGUUCAUCAAGAUCCAGGACAUGGACAGCAGGAAGAUCCGCAAGCCCAAUGACAUCGAGGCCUUCCAGAUUGACGGCGACUGGUACUUCGUCAUCGCCGACAGCUCCAAGGCCGGCUCCACCAGCCUCUACCGCUGGAACCAGAAUGGCUUCUACUCCCACCAGGCCCUGCACCCCUGGCACCGCGACACCGACGUGGAAUACGUGGAGAACGAAGGCAAGCCCCGGCUCAUCAUCUCCAGCAGCUCCCAGGCCCCUGUCAUCUACCAGUGGAGCCGCGCCCAGAAGCAGUUUGUGCAGCAGGGGGAGGUGGCCGAGGUGAUGGACGUGCAGAUGGUCAAGCACUUCAAGUUCAAGAAAGACAAUUACCUGUGCCUCAGCCGCUACAUCGGGGACUCCAAGGUGGUCAAGUGGGAGGGGCAGCGCUUCACCGAGCUGCAGACCCUGCCCUCGCGGGGCUCCAUGGUCAUGCAGCCCUUCCUAGUGUCCCAGCGCCAGUACAUGGCCCUUGGCAGCGACUUCUCCUUCACCCAUGUUUACCUGUGGGAUGAGGAGAAGCAGAAGUUUCUCAAGUUCCAGGAACUCUCCGUCCAAGCGCCCCGGGCUUUCCACUACGUCCCCUUGGAGGACAUGGACCUUCUGCUGGCACCCAGCUUCAAGAGCAGCACACUGGUCUACAAGCACGUUGUGGUGGACCUCAGCUUGUAGGGGGGGUCCCUGCCACCUGCCCAGCUCCCUGCCUCACGCCUAGACACUGUGCAGAGAAAACGUUCUUCAACUUGCAACACCCCUGGAGCCGGGGACUCCAGCACACUGCCUCGCCUCAGGCUAAGGCUUCCUGUCUGUGCCCAUGCACUGCCCCACUGCCAUAUCCAUGGACAGGUCCAGAACACACACAUACUCACACAGGCCCGUGAGUCCAUGCAUACCCAGCACACGUUCCAUCCAUGCACUCGUAUUCAGGAGCGUAUGCUCACCACAGCCAUCCCUCCAUAGAUAAACUCAUACGCAUACGCACAUGCCCUCCAGCAUCUCAUACACAUUACAUUCCUGCCCAUAGGCCUCCAGUGCGCGUACACUCCAACACCCCCAUGGACACCCCUUCGCAGUCUCCUAGCCAUACCAUAUGCAUCUACACUCACUCUUUACAUGUCCAUGCAAUCCCUGUGCACCCCAUAAACAAACACACAUUCCCGCACCCCUUAACCUCACAUUCAUCUCCCCGCAUAGAGCCUUAUAUUCAUGCCCAUUUACUGCUGUGCAUGGACAGCCACGUCCAUGUACACCCUCAGAUCCAUGCCUGUUCACAUCCACUCUGACUACUGCACCUUCCAUGCACACACAGCUACUCCCAUGUGCACAUUCUUAUCGGCGAACCCAGAUAUGGUGCACUGGCGGUGCACCGCGCCAUGCUGCGUCUCCCACCCACCAACACAUAUGCAUACAUCCCUGUAUCUGUCACCCUGAACCCUGCCUGCAGUCCCCUCUGCACACAUGCUCCUGUCCCCAUACAGAGCGCCGGGUAGCAGGCCUGGAAGAAGAAAGUCCCUUGUCGUCACUUCUCCCGAACUCUUCCUGAAGCUUCUGCCGCACUUUCUGUAGCCAUCACCCAUGUUCAGACUGUAGAGACACUGCUCUGUGUGGCUCCACCACUCCUGAGACCACCUGACCCCCUUUGGCUCCCGCAGCCACCCUGCAAGAGGGCUCUCUGGAAGUGUGCCCAGUGGCAACCUCAGCCCAGAUCAUCCCAGCGCCCUCAGUGAGCUGCCUUCCACAGCCUUCUGGGAGCUAAUGGAAGUAUAAAGGCACCCUUUGUACCUCCCCCA